GUUGGAGCGACGCACUUGCCGUAUUGCAAGGAUAGAUAGUAGAUUACUAUGAAGUCUGCCUAGGAGAAACUUCUCUUGGACGGAGUCUAUCCCUCAAUAUCAUCAUGCUGUUUCUAUACUUUACGUUGCUUGCAUCGGUGGUGAUUGCGCAGAGCAGUUCGCAAUCCAUCCAUCGCUCUUCUACACUGCCAGCAUCGCCACCAGUCUCGUCAACACCAUCAGUCUCGCAAAGCUACUCUAUUCUUCCAGGAUAUACAUACACUCCAGCAAACUCAAAUACCAGUACUGCCUGGCCACCGAGUAAAACACAGGCAGGCCAGCCAUCAUACUGCAAUAAAUGGCACCAGGCAUCCCGCGGCGAUACUUGCCAGUCCAUUGUGAAUCGAUUUUCGACAUGGAUGAGUCUAGCUGAUUUCCAUGCUUGGAACCCCGCCCUCGGAAAAGACUGCUCUGGCCUCUACAAUGGAUGGUGGUACUGUGUUGGAGCGCAGCCUCAAUCAACAAUGACCGCAAACACCACUGCUACGUAUCAAUGGUAUCCGCCAUGGACUCAAUCAGCGUUGCCAACGAUUGAUUCAGUCUUCAAUCCUUCUCCGACACAGUCUGGUCUUCCAAAUGAUUGCCAGGAGUAUUAUCAAGCGCAGAAGAACGACACGUGCAUGACCAUUACAUCUACCCUCCGCAUCACCGACAAAGAUUUCAAAAACUGGAAUCCAGCAUUGGGAGACGACUGCUCUGGCCUCAAACCCGGAUACUGGUAUUGUGUCAUGAACUGGAAGGCGCCUCCAAUGCCAUCCACCACCACUGCACUUCCAUCAGCAGCAGCUACACAGACAGGAACCACCUCCAACUGCACAUCGUGGUAUCAGGCCGAGGACGGAGAUGACUGCGAACUCAUCCCGCUGAUGUUUGGAACCUUCUCACAGACUGAUUUUCAGAAAUGGAAUCCGGCAUUGGGGUCGAACUGUACAGAGAUCAAAGAUGGGGACUGGUACUGCGUUGGAAUUCCUGGCACUCCGUCGACGAGAACGCAGAUGCCCAGUUCGUGGAUGUUGACGCCUCCUCCGUUGGGAUCGUCGGUGGUGCUGCCGUCGAGUUUGCUGACAUCCACUGUGUCAUCUACGACAAGCACGUCAAGUGCUACGACUGGGACCGCACCGCCCUCAACAUGUAGUCGAUAUUACACCAUCCAGAAAAACGACUACUGUGACACCAUUGCCCGAGACGCAAAUAUCCCCUUAUCAACAUUCUACGACUGGAAUCCUAGUCUUAACUGUUCGGCGCUCGAACCAGGCAAGAAUGUCUGCAUUGCAUUAUCAGGUCCAGCCACCACAAUCACUACUGGGACUCCUAUCCCACUGACACCGAGUCCAACUCAGAGCGGAAUGGUUACCGGAUGUCGACGAUUCUACGAAGCGCAGAGCAACGAUAGCUGCGAGGAUCUUGCUCAUGAUGCGGGUGUUGAAGUCAGUGACUUUUAUUCGUGGAAUCCUGCUGUGAGCACAGACUGUGGAGGCUUGCAAGUAUCGACGUUUGUCUGUGUUGGAACGAGUGGUCCAUAUACGACCAUCACCAGUGGGACUCCAGUGCCUGCGACAACUUGGUGAUAUUAAUCUGUUGAAUGAGGAUUAAGUAUAGGCAGAAUAAAUGUCUCGAUAUGCUUUGCUUUAUAGUUUACCGGGUGAUAUACUUUGCACGUCCUUGGCACUGUAGGUGACAAAUUUAGUAUAGAAUGAACCAUAUCACUCGGAGUACAUAACGAGUUAGCUUUAUUGAUUUAGUAAGAAAUAUCGCUAAUAUUAUAUAAUAGGAUAA